CAGUAAUUAUGCCUAGGGUGUCUCGUCCGGAUGGACAAUAAUGUAGUCAUGUCUCUGCGUGCGCUACGCCCAACAGUUUUAGAUCUGCCUAAAAAUUUCAAAAAAGGCAGAGAGGUCACGUGACUCGUGACUCUGCGCCGUGCACCGAUUCCGGCGCCGCUCCUGGCGCUAACUUCAAUUCUGUUUCUGUUGCGCAACAACCAACAGUACGAGCACCAAGGUUUUUCAAUCCUAGUUAAUAGAGUUACACUUCCCGGCACAGGAUGCCGAAGGAGAAACAUCUUUAUCGUCGCAGGAGUCACUCAGACUAUCCCCCCUAUAAGAAAAAGCAUAGGAAUAGGGAAAAGUCCCGAGCUCGAGAAAUGGAGGUUAGGUCGCCCACGCCGCGCUUGCGAGAGAGUGCGCGACACUCUUGUCAGCGAUCAUCUUCGUCCGGAUCUUCGAGGUACACACCCCUUCGGCAGGAAACAUCCGGUAAAAUCCUGACUGAAACCCUAAGAGAGAUCCUGAAUUUUAUGAAACGCCAUACCACGCAGAACGAGACAGGCACGAAGGAAACAGGUUCCCCCCCGUGCCACAACCUGUAGGCGAGGUUUUCCCUCCCUCAGAGGAAAGCAUUCCUCAAGAGCUUGAAUAUGCAAUAGAUGAGCAAACGGCUUGCGGAAGCCGGGGCGUUGGACCAGAAGCUCAGGUGCCGGACAGGCACAGAGUUGUCUUUUCCAUCCCGGAGGAGCCUCAGAGGGCAGCCAAUCUGGAGGAAGGGGAAAUAACCUCCCUGGUUAGUGAAUUGUUUGGCGAGGAGCAGGACUCGACAGGUAAUUCAGAAUGGGAUCCUUACGUCUACAAAAUCUGAGACUCGCUUAGGGCUCAAAGAAGAGCUGCGUCAACGCUUGCUGUCAAAAUUUGAGCUUAAGGGCGACCUUCUGAGUCUAGGCCCGCCAAAAAUCAACAACGAGCUAAAGGCAGCCAUCGGUAAGCAACAGUCUCUUUUAAAAAGAGACGAGUAUCAGGUCAACAGGCAAGUCCAGCUUGGAGCCUGCUUGAAUGCUCUAGGUUCCAGUAUAACCGACCUUCUGAAACUUCAUCAAGCUGCUUCCCACGACGAUCAGUUGAAAAAUGUAAUUUCUAGGUUAGCAGACGGACUUAACCUUAUGGCGGAUUUACAGUUCCGUUUAUUCCUAGCCAGGCGUAUAUAAAACCGUGUCUGACUUUUGUUGGUAAAUCGGCAGCCGAUUCAUCCAAGGUCGACGACUGGCUCUUUGGAGCUAAUUUUGCAGAAGACUUGAAGACACUUCAAACAUGUGAAAAAACAGGCCGGUUAAUAUCAAGGUCUACCUUUGCCCAGCCAAAGACAGUUAAAGCUAGCAAUCAACCAAUACGGCAACACGUUCCCCAGCAGAAGCCGUCAAACUACAAAGCCCCUGUGCAACGGAUCUCAUCUUCGGCUCGCCGGACAGGGGCAAAGCGACCAAUGAGCCACAGCCGAACUCGCCGUUCGAGAUCCCGGUCCCAAACGCGCCGUUAGUACAAGUAAGAUCGGCAGGACGUUUGUCCUUGUUCCUUCAUAAAUGGAAGGAGAUAACAAAAGACCCCGAGGUUCUUCGAGCCAUUAAAGGCAGUUCCACCCAGCAUGGAGGACACUUUCCCUGGCAGCAGGGCUCUUAUCAGGCAGGCAUUCACGACCCGAGGAGUGCCACCGGGAGCAAUAGAUACCACUAUGGCAUCUUUAUCAGAGUCAACUAUCAAACAAUAUACUAAACCUCUUUGUAGUUGGUGGCUGUUUUGUAAAGCGGCAUCUGCCUCUAUAUGGUCACCAACCCCGACACAGCUCCUCCAAUUCCUAGCGCAGGAAUUAAACCAAGCGAACUCUUACUCGGUAAUUAAUAACACCCGAUCCGCAAUAUCUUUAAUCUCAGACAACGAGAUUGGAAACCAUAAGUUAAUUAAGCGAUUCUGUAAGGGAGUAGGGGUUCUUAAACCCCCUCGUCCUCAAUAUGAUUACGUAUGGAACCCGGCCCCAGUCCUAGAAAAACUUGCGACUUUAUACCCGUAUGACACACUACUUCUAGACGUAAUCACAAAGAAGUUAGCCUUCCUCCUCGCUUUGGGUACAGGCCACAGAGUACAGACGCUCACGUCAAUCAAAGUUUCACAAAUCUCUAUCUCAGAUAAACUCAUAAUCAAGGUGCCAGAUAAAAUAAAAACAUCUGCACCAGGUCGAUCUCAACCCCUAUUCAUUUUUUCUCCAUUUAGAGAUAACGAAGCCUUGUGCAUUUUUACUCUAAUGAAAACCUAUUUAGAAGCUACAAAAAGCUUUCGAGCAUCUUCCUGUGACAAGUUAUUUAUCUCCUGGUCAAGGCCACAUAAAGCAGUAGGCCAUCAAACGGUUAGUCGAUGGAUAAGAUCGAGCCUAGAAGAGUGUGGAGUGAGGUCUGAUUUUUUUUCCGCACAUAGCACACGUCAUACUUCCACCUCAUCUGCGGCACAGAAAGGGGUAUCUUUAGAGACUAUUAAACACGCGGCAGGAUGGACAGGUCAAUCGCGAGUGUUCGCUUCCUUUUACAACCGUCCUCUAAUAGACCCCGAAGAGUUUUCAAAAACAGUGUUAGCCCGAUAAAAUUACCCCAUUGUUUCCUAUGCGUUGCAUUAUAUUAUUGUAAGAACUUACAAGUUAUUUAAGUCUUUUCAUAAAUUAAGGUUUAUAUCAAGAACAUAAUAUUACGGUUUUUUACAACAAAAACACAAUAUUACAAUUUAAUAAAGUGCAAAUCACCGGGAUCUAAACAACUACAUUAUUGUCCAUCCGGACGAGACACCCUAGUCAUAAUUGAUAAAUCAAACGAACUUGGCAAGUGAAGUUCGAUUUGAAUUAUGCCGGAUGGACUUCCCACCCUGCAACUAGGAGCCUUUCUCCCACCCGGUAGAUUUUUUUUCAGGUGAUUUGCAAUUCUGAACUAAUGAAGUUAGCGCCAGGAGCGGCGCCGGCGCACGGCGCAGAGUCACGAGUCACGACCUCUCUGCCUUUUUUGAAAUUUUUAGGCAGAUCUAAAACUGUUGGACGUAGCGCACGCAGAGACAUGACUACAUUAUUGUCCAUCCGGACGAGACACCCGGCAUAAUUCAAAUCGAACUUCACUUGCCAAGUUCGUUUGAUUUAUCAAUUGUCUUAGAUCAUUUUAUAGAAAAGACAGUUUUAAAAAACAUAUUUUAACUCAUAAAUUUGUUACAUCUGUAAAAAAACUUGUUGAUGUUGCUAUUCCAAACACAAUACAAGUGUCCAUUAUUUCCAUUCCUAAUACUUCUAUUCCUAAUAUUGUAUCGUUCUUUAAACAAAUUGCUAUAACAAUUUAACAUU